CUGCUUGGUAGCUAUGGCAUAUGUGAGCAGUGUGGCCCUGGCUAUGGCGUCUGUAGCUGUAAUACACCAGUCUUUAGGGCUGUCCUGCAGCCCACCACCUGGGCCCCCGGAUCUUGGAUUGGCCUCCAGGGUAGUCAAAACAAGACGAAAGACAAGACAGCAUGAGCCGAUCACACCCCCAUCCCAUCCAACUUCGAUCUGUGGGCUCCCAGGAUAACCAGGCUCCCCUGCCGCUGCCACCUGCUAUCCAAAAUCCCUCCUCCCACUCUUGGGCCUCUCCACAUGGACCUCUUUCCUGGGGUCUCUGCUGUCUUCUGGCUCUGCAGCAUAUUUUGGUCCUGACUUCUCUGCUCUGUGCCUCCCACCUGCUCCUGCUUCGAAGUCUCUCCCGAGGAGGACUCUCUUAUUCCCCUGCCCAGAUCCUGGCCUCUAGCCUCUUUUCGUGUGGUGUGUCUACUGCCCUGCAAACUUGGAUGGGCAGCAGGCUGCCUCUUGUCCAGGCUCCAUCCUUUGAGUUCCUUUUCCCUGCUCUGGUGCUGACCAGCCAGAAGCUACCUCUGGCCAUCCAGACACCUGGAAACUCCUCUCUGAUGCUGCACCUGUGUGAGGGGCCUGGCUGUCAUGGCUUGGAGCUCUGGAACAGUUCUCUCCGAGAGGUGUCUGGGGCAGUGGUGGUGUCCGGGCUGCUGCAGGGCACGCUGGGGCUGUUAGGGGUUCCUGGCCACUUGUUCCUCUACUGUGGGCCCCUGGUACUGGCCCCCAGCCUGAUCGUGGCAGGGUUCUCUGCUCACAAGGAGGUUGCUCUGUUCUGCUCUGCUCACUGGGGGCUGGCCUUGCUGCUUAUCCUGCUCAUGGUGAUCUGUUCUCAGCAUUUGGGCUCCUGCCAGUUACCCCCAUGCCCCUGGAGGCCAGCUUCAACCUCUUCAACUCGCACUCACAUCCCUGCCUUCCGGCUCUUCUCGGUCCUAGUCCCGGUAGCCUGUGUGUGGAUCGUCUCUGCCAUUCUGGGUCUCAGUGCCACCCCCCUGGAGUUGUCUGCCCCCACUGAGGCACCAUGGUUUUGGCUGCCUCACCCAGCUGAGUGGGACUGGCCCUUGCUGACACCCCGGGCUCUGACUACAGGCAUCUCCAUGGCCCUGGCAACCUCCACCAGCUCCCUGGGCUGCUAUGCCUUGUGUGGCUGGCUUUUGCAUUUGCCUUCUCCACCUCCACAUGCCUGCAGUCGAGGGCUGAGCCUGGAGGGUCUGGGCAGUGUGCUGGCUGGGCUGUUGGGGAGCCCCAUGGGCACUGCAUCCAGCUUCCCCAAUGUGGGCACAGUAAGUCUUAUCCAGGCUGGAUCUCGGCGAGUGGCCUACUUGGUGGGGCUGCUCUGUGCGGGACUUGGGCUCUCCCCAAGACUGGCUCAGCUCCUCACCACCAUCCCGCUACCCGUGCUUGGUGGGGUGCUAGGGGUGACCCAGGCCGUGGUUCUGUCUACUGGAUUCUCCAGCUUCCACUUAGCUGACAUCGACUCUGGGCGGAAUGUCUUCAUUGUUGGCUUUGCCAUCUUCAUGGCCCUGCUGCUGCCAAGAUGGCUUCGGGAAGCCCCAGUCCUGCUGAGCACAGGCUGGAGCCCCUUGGAUGUGUUACUUCGCUCGCUGCUCACAGAACCCAUUUUCUUGGCGGGAUUCUUGGGAUUCCUCCUAGAGAACACCAUUCCUGGCACACAGCUUGAGAGAGGCCUAGGUCAAGGGCUGCCAUCUCCUUUCUCUGCCCAAGAGGCUUGGAUGCCUCUGAAGUCCAAGAGGAAGGCUGCUCGAGAGUAUGAUCUUCCUUUCCCCGUCCCAAACCUGUGUACCCACAUCCCCCAGCCCCUCCGUUGCCUCUGCCCGCUGCCUGAAGACCUUGGGAAUGAGGAAGGAGGGCCCACUGAGCCAGGAGAGACAACCGACUUGCUGCCUGGUUUUGGGGAACCGUGCCCCAGGUCUAGCGGAGAACUUAGGUCCCAGUAAUUACCAGGAUUCCUACUUCUGCCUUGGUUGGUUUAGCACUAUCUUCCAGCUUGCUGGAGAGUCAGCUCCCAGGCUCUACUUUCUCCUAAGGAGAGGGUGUGCGUGUAUGUAAAAUGGGCCCACCUACCUAAAGAUCUCAUUUCCAAAAGGUGUGCUGCCUUCCCUUCUCUUAAUUAGGCUUAACUGUUCCAGGGCAGUGGUUCAGUGGGCCAUAAAUGAAUAAAUGAGAUUUUUGCCUUUGAACUAUCUGUACUUGAA